GUCCUUCAUUUGGUCCUUUCUAGACUUUUGGUAGCCAUGGCACGAGGAAACAGCACUGAAGUGACUGAAUUCUGUCUUCUGGGAUUUGGUGCCCAACAAGAGUUUUGGCAUAUCCUCUUCAUUGUAUUCCUUCUCAUCUAUGUGACCUCCAUAACGGGUAAUACUGGAAUAAUCUUACUCAUCAACACAGAUUCCAGAUUUCAAACACCCAUGUACUUUUUUCUACAACAUUUGGCUUUUGUUGAUAUCUGUUACACUUCUGCUAUCACUCCCAAGCUGCUCCAAAGCUUCACGGAAGAAAAGAAUUUUAUAUCAUUUUGGGGCUGUGUGAUACAAUUCUUAGUUUAUGCAACAUUUGCAACCAGUGACUGUUAUCUGCUGGCUAUGAUGGCAGUGGACCGUUAUGUUGCAAUCUGUAAGCCCCUUCACUAUACCAUAAUCACAUCCCAAAGAGUCUGCAUCCAUUUGGUAGCUGGUUCAUACAUCAUGGGCUCAAUAAAUGCCUCUGUACAUACAGGUUUUACAUUUUCUCUGUCUUUCUGCAAGUCCAAUAACAUCAAUCACUUUUUCUGUGAUGGUCCCCCAAUUCUUGCCCUUUCAUGCUCCAGUAUUGACAUCAACCUCAUGCUACUUGUUGUCUUUGUGGGAUUUAACUUGAUGUUCACUGGGUUGGUCAUCAUCUUUUCCUACAUCUACAUCAUGGCCACCAUCCUGAAAAUGUCUUCUAGUGCAGGGAGGAAAAAAUCCUUCUCCACAUGUGCCUCCCACCUGACUACAGUCACCCUUUUCUAUGGGACGCUCUCUUACAUGUACUUACAGUCUCAUUCUAAUAAUGCCCAGGAGAAUAUGAAAGUGGCCUCUAUAUUUUAUGGCACUGUUAUUCCCAUGUUGAAUCCUUUAAUCUAUAGCUUGAGAAAUAAGGAAGUAAAAGAAGCUUUAAAAUUGAUAGGGAAAAAGUUCUUUUAAAUUAGCCCCAGUUGUU